GAAAGCAGACUAGUUUUCGUACAAAGGAACUACGUCAGGUAUACCUGACGUAGUUCCUUUGUACUGAAACUGUAGUUCAAGCGCUCACUUGACAUUUAAAAGCCGUUGAGGUUAUGUUUCUGCUUAAAAAUGAUGAAUUAUGUAGAAUUAAAGAGGUAAAAAUGUGAAAUAAUGUUGAGGGAGGAUGAGGGUGCGAAUCGGGUUAAAGAAAAGGUCUAUUUUUUGUAAAAUAUUUGUAGUGUGUUUAGUUGUCUACAUUUUAUACCUAUUUUUAAAGUCACUUUUUUCAAACAAUAAUAAUAAAGAUGAACGUUGUAUACAUAGUGAACCAAUAGACGUGGUUUAUACCUGGGUAAAUGGUUCAGAUACAAAAUUUAUAAAUGACUUAAGAAUAUAUUUAAACAAUACCCAAAAAACAAACUACUUAAAGAAAAGAUUCGACGACAAAUAUGAGUUAAAAUUUUCACUAAGAUCCUUGGAAAAAUAUGCGCCUUGGGUUAACCAUGUGUUUAUAGUAACCAAUGGACAAAUACCCUAUUGGUUAAAUUUGGAUUAUAAAAAAGUUACAAUUGUAACCCACAAAGAAAUAUUCAAAAGUUCCUAUAAUUUACCAACAUUUUCCAGUCCUGCAAUAGAAUGUAAUUUACACAGAAUACCUGGUCUUUCAAAACAAUUCAUAUAUUUCAACGACGAUAUUUUUUUGGGCCAACCCAUGUAUUUGGAGGAUUUUUAUACACCCAAUGAAGGUUUUUAUAUUUAUUUAUCUUACCCAUUGCCAAGUUGUUCUGCAAAUUGCUCGUGGAUGUUUGUGGGAGACGGGCAAUGCGAUAGAUUUUGCAACACUGUAAACUGUCAAAAUGAUGGGGGGGAUUGUGAAAAUGUCGACAUGAAUAAACAAUAUUAUGAUAAUUUUCAAUACACUGGUAUAAAAAGUACUAGAGAAUUGUUGGAAAUUAAUUAUAACAAAAUUAAGUAUAAUUUUUUUAAAAAUAUAAAUAAUAGUACUACAAAAGUUAAGUCCAACAAUACAAUUAAUAUAGAAAAUUCAACAAAUAAUUAUUCAAAUUUUACCUUAAAUGAUAAUUUUGUCAGUUACAAUCUAAAAAAAUUGGUGCAAAAACCUGACAAAGGAUUGGUUGCAAAAAUUGUUGAAAUGCAUAACAAAAAAAUAAUCUACAGGGACAAAAAACGUCGAAAAUGGAAUUUUAAAACGAAAAAAAUUAUAGAUGCCUAUAGUGAAUCUCUACAAUACACUCAUAGAUUAUUUAACGAAAAAUACGAAUUUAAAACAAGAAAAGUACCAGCCCAUGCACCAAUUUUAAUCGAUAGAAAAAUUAUGGAAAAUUUGGAGAAAAAAUUUGAAAAAGAUUUUUUUAAAACCGAGUUAAACAAAAUCAGAAGUGCAGAUGAUCUUCAAUUUUCUUUCAGUUAUUAUUAUUUUUUGAUAAACGAAAAAAUCAACAAAACUACUGAAGAAAUUUUUGAUGUAUUUGAUACUGAUAAAUCAGGAACAUGGUCUGAUAGAGAAAUUCGUACAUUACUAACCCAAAUAUACGAAUUACCGCUAAGUUUUCAAAUUGUCGACCAUUUUGAAACAAUGCUACUUAAUUGCACAGAAAAAAUAACAAAAAAUGAUAUCGCCACACCUUUAUAUGAACGUUACGUCGAUUCCAGACUGCCUACAAUAUCAAAAGAAUUGGUAUCAAAAUGCACAGAAAUAUCAAAUAUUCUAAAAAAUAGGUUUGGGACUGAACAAAAAUAUAAAUUUAAAACUUUGUCACAAGUUGAUGGUGACUUUGUAACGUUUGUUAUGUUGCAUUCAAAUAUUAGUGAAGUUGUGUCACAUUUAGAUGAAAUAAGAAGUAGACCUAAGAAAUUCAUUUGUUUAAAUGAUGAUUUGGACUAUAUACAGAAUGGUGAAAAUGAAUUUGUCAAGUCGAUUUUGUAUGAUUUUUAUUUGUCAUUGUUUCCUAUACCAAGUCAAUUUGAGUUACCAGAUGAAUACAGAAACAAAUUUUUGUAUACUGAUGAUUUAAACAUGUGGAAAAAUCAUCAUUUUAAUGUAAACGUUUUAAUAGUAUGUGCCAUACUAAUAUUAAUUUAUUUUACAUUCUUAAAAACUAUUAAGAAAGUUUGUUGUCGAUAUGUUAAUAAAUUAUUUUGCUAGAUUUUUAGGGGUUUUAUUUGUUAAAAACAAUACAGAACAAUAUGUGGUACUAUAUUUAUUAAUUAUUAUAUACAGAUGUCUUUCUGAAGAAAUAUCAAUAAAAUAAAAUUAAUUAUUAAAAAAUUGAGAUUCAAAGCUAAAAAACUAAAAAAUAAUUAUAAAUAUGGUACACCUAUUACAGUAUAUCCAAGUUCCAGGUUUUAAAAAAUAAAUAGUUUAUACAUUUACAAAAAAAUCUUUCUUGAAAAAAUAUGUAAAUAUCUUCAGUGAGGUUUUUAUGUGGGGAAAUAAAUAUACAGGGUCAUGUGAAAAAUAAAUGACUUGUUCAGAAAUUAGUGCAAAAUGUCAAAAAAAAAAAAUAAUAAAAUCCUGUUAAAUUACAUAUUUCGUUACAUGGUUUAUUUUUUAAAUUAAAUUGUUAAUUUGGUACCCCACGAAAAUACAUUUCCAGUGUUGCCUUUCCCCACACAAAAAUAUACCUACAGUGGCUGCUACAUUCUUAGCAACAACAAAACACAAAACUUUUUUUUUAAGAUGCCGUAUUGAUUUUUUGGUACGUUUUGACGAUUUUUAAUUUUUUGCCGUAAAUGGCUAUAUCCUCGCUUUUUGCCGACUUUGAAGCUUUACGUUUCUUUGAUAGCCAUAUUAAAUUCCUAAUUUCUUGCGGAAUUUCGUCCAUUUCAAACAUAGCGUCGUGUGGGCUCGUUCCAAAGAAGUUUUUUAUUUUUGUGUUGGCAUUAUUGUCCAAUAAUAACUUUACCAUUUCCACUAAAAAAAAGUAAGAUUUUUUAUUUGUUUGUUUUACUACUACUACUC